AUGGCGCAAUCUUCUUCCAGGGAGGACGACCUUCUCCUCGACCAAGCGGACCAGUGGGAAACCAAGCAGAACCAGAAAUGGAUGAAGACUUCCCGGAGCACACCACGUACGGACGUGGGGCGUGUGCGUGAGGUGGAAAACCAAGCAGAACCGGAAAUUGAAGACAUCUCGGAGUACAUCCAGGAAAGCUUGAGCUUGGCAAAGCUUGACGACAAGCAGGAAAGUGACGAUGAUCUCUGUGAACGCCAAGAGUCAGCGGUCGGCCGGCUUAACGCGAAGCAAGAAGAGCGCCUGUUCACGGACAAAGUCAAGGAGGAACAUCCACGCGUCAAUGCAAAGGACAAAAGAUCCAUGCUGCGUCAGAAGUACUUUGCCAACAGUGAUUUCUGA